AUGGGUGCCUCAGAAAGUGCACCGCCGGAUCAUGGAGCUGUGGACAGAGUCGUCAAGAUGGCAACGAAAGAUGCAGUGGAGAAAGCCACGACCAAUCAGCUCUGGGACAAAUGGGAGAAGGACGUCGAGGCCAGAGGAGAGCGACUGCCAGAAUAUGUUCCCUUGUGGUGGCCUUACACUCGUUUUUGGUACGGGCGCACACGGCCGCCUCGAUGGGUCGAGGGCGCCACAAUCGUCCAUGAGGAUGAUUCAGGCCAGCUAUGGGAGACCCACGUGGAUGUCAGGCUCCAGGAAGGGCGCAAGAGUUUCGUUCACAACUGGACACGAAAGAAGGUGAGAACUGUUUGUUGA